AUGAGCCAACUUAAAUUACCACCCUACCAGAAGCGAAAAACUUCCUCCACCAACCGGCCGACGACACUGAACGUUGGAAAGGGAGGAAGUACGGCCAGCCAGGAUAAGAAGUCACCGCUCGGGUAUGGUAUGCAAACGCCGGACGAAUGUCCGUCGCUUCCGGACGGAUUUCUACCGCUGCCCUGUCAGGUAGCAGGACACGCCUUCCACAAGGGAACCGAUUCAUUGGGUUUGUUAAAAAGCGUCGACGAUGGUUCCGUUCUGAAACCGGUCGGCAAGCUACUAGCCGGUCCGCGUGAAAUCAAGUUCUACGAGCAGAUAGCGAAAGCGACCGGCGAGAUGCGGGAGCUUGUGGUACUGCGGGAACUGACGCCGCAAUAUCGUGGCCACCGAAAGCUACCGGUCGGUGGUGAGUUAAUCGAAUUUCUUAUGCUGGAAGAUCUAACCCAGGGCAUGCUAGAACCGUGCAUUAUGGACGUGAAGAUUGGCCGCCGUUCGUGGGACCCGACGGCGACGGAGGAAAAACGUCAGUACGAAGCGUCCAAGUAUGGUGAAAGCCGUGCAGCGUACGGAUUCUGCAUUCCGGGCUUUCAGUUCUACUCGCUCCAGACCGGUCGGCUGCAACGGUACGGGAAAGAGUACGGCAAGAAGCUUACCGAGGUAACGGUGAGGGAUGCGCUGCGUCGGUUUCUAAACGCGGACGGUGGCCUUUGCCGCCAGCAGCUGAUACAGUUUCUGACGGAUCUGUGGAACAUCCAGAAGUGGGCCCGGACGCAAACAUCCUACCGGCUGUACGCUAGCUCGGUACUGCUCGUGUACGAUGCACGCCGGUUAAAACCGGUACUGCUGCACGCGGGUAAGAAGUCACCCCGAACACCGAACACACCGGCACCGGUUGGCGCUAGUGGUGGUGGCAGUACACCGAACACACCAACCUUCUGCACGACCUCCGUCAACGAGGUGGGUGAUGUGGAACCGCUGCAGCACUACUUCCAGAUACAGAGAAGUCACUCCACCAAUCACAACUACGAAGAGGAUAUAAAAAUAAUGAAAGAAAAUUAUACGUUCAUGCUGGACAAUCUCGUUGGUUCGUACGAGGACAAGAUCUGGGCCAAGGCGCGUAUGAUCGACUUUGCGCACACGUUUCCGUUGCCACCGAGCGAACCACCUGCCGUCGACAGGAACUAUCUCGAGGGCAUAGACAAUCUGGUGAAGCUGUUCGAGGAUCUUCUGAAGGACUGCGAGAUACAAAACUCCCCCCGGCAGGGAGUUGCUUGA